GCCCCAGGUUCCUGUGAAUCCCAGGCAGCCCCGGCGACCCUGCAGACUGCGCCAGCGUGGUCUCCACCCUCGCCCGACUGCACCCCCGAGACUGGCAUCUCAGGAGAUGGCUGCCCAGUGUGUCACGAAGGUGGAGCUGAAUAUUUCCUGUGACAAUCUUUUGGAUAAAGAUAUAGGGUCAAAGUCGGACCCUUUAUGUGUGUUAUUUUUGAACACAAGUGGUCAACAGUGGUAUGAGGUUGAGCGCACAGAAAGGAUUAAGAAUUGCUUGAAUCCCAAAUUUUCCAAGACAUUUAUUAUUGACUACUACUUUGAAGUGGUUCAGAAGCUGAAAUUUGGGAUUUAUGACAUUGACAACAAAACUAUUGAGCUGAGUGAUGAUGACUUCUUAGGAGAAUGUGAAUGUACCCUUGGACAAAUUGUUUCCAGUAAGAAGCUAACUCGACCACUGAUGCUUAAAAAUGGCAGACCUGCGGGGAAAGGGAGUAUUACGAUUUCAGCUGAAGAAAUAAAGGAUAACAGAGUGGUCUUGUUUGAAAUGGAAGCCAGAAAACUGGAUAGUAAGGAUUUUUUUGGAAAGUCAGAUCCAUACCUGGAAUUCCACAAACAGACAUCUGAUGGAAACUGGCUAAUGGUUCAUCGAACAGAGGUUAUUAAAAACAACUUGAAUCCUGUUUGGAAGCCUUUUAAAAUUUCUCUUAACUCCCUGUGCUAUGGAGAUAUGGACAAAACCAUUAAGGUAGAGUGUUAUGAUUAUGACAAUGAUGGGUCACAUGAUCUCAUUGGAACAUUUCAAACCACCAUGACAAAACUUAAAGAAGCCUCCAGAAAUUCACCUAUUGAAUUUGAAUGCAUAAAUGAAAAAAAGAGGCAAAAGAAAAAAAGCUACAAGAAUUCAGGUGUUAUUAGUGUGAAACAUUGUGAGGUUACAGUAGAAUGCACAUUCCUUGACUACAUCAUGGGAGGAUGUCAGCUAAAUUUUACUGUGGGAGUGGACUUCACUGGCUCCAAUGGCGACCCAAGGUCUCCGGACUCCCUUCAUUACAUCAGCCCCAAUGGUGUUAAUGAGUAUUUGACUGCCAUCUGGUCUGUAGGACUGGUCAUUCAAGAUUACGAUGCUGAUAAAAUGUUUCCAGCUUUUGGUUUUGGAGCCCAGAUACCUCCUCAGUGGCAGGUAUCACAUGAAUUUCCAAUGAACUUUAAUUCAUCCAGUCCCUACUGUAAUGGAAUCCAAGGCAUUGUAGAGGCAUAUCGUGCCUGUCUUCCUCAGAUAAAACUCUAUGGACCAACUAAUUUUUCUCCAAUCAUAAAUCAUGUGGCCAGGUUUGCUGCUGCAGCCACACAACAGCAGACAGCUUCUCAAUAUUUUGUGCUGUUGAUCAUUACUGAUGGUGUGAUCACAGAUCUUGAUGAAACCAGACAAGCUAUAGUUAAUGCUGCCAAACUGCCUAUGUCCAUCAUCAUCGUUGGAGUUGGAGGUGCUGACUUUAGUGCCAUGGAGUUUCUGGAUGGUGAUGGUGGAAGUCUCCGCUCCCCAUCAGGCGAAGUGGCCAUCAGAGACAUUGUCCAGUUUGUGCCUUUCAGACAGUUCCAGAAUGCUCCAAAGGAAGCACUUGCUCAGUGUGUCUUGGCGGAGGUGCCCCAGCAGGUGGUGGGUUACUUCAACACAUACAAACUCCUUCCUCCCAAGAACCCUGCUACGAAGUAAAAGGAGCUGUGGCCACUUCAACAGAAUUCUUUUGUGCUGUGUGGAACAAUGCCAUCUCUUACCCAUAAUCAUGUUAUCUACCAUUUUACGUACUUUUCACACCCAGCAUUCAUGAUGUAAACUUAGUUCUCUAUGGAUUAUAACUGUUUAAAGCAUUCUUUUACUUUUUUGGGGGGACAGUGCCAAAUCCACCUUUGCCCAGCCAAUUCAGUAAUUGCUAGUGAUUUUACAGUAAUUGCAAUGAGGCCAUUUGGAUUAGGAACUAGUGUGGGGAAAACUGAUUUUGUGGUUGUUUACUUUCAUAUGAUGAAGAUGCUGUUUUUAAAUGUUUGUCAAUAGAAAGAAUGAAAAAUUGUUGAGAUGAUGUGACUCGCAGGUUGCUGUACUUCGUUUGUAGUGUAUGUUUUACAAGCAAUGUUCAUACCUGAUUAUGAAAGCUUCUUAAAUUAGAUGAUAUUGAAUUUGUUCCUAUAACUCUGUAUUCAGUGUUUUUUCAUGGGGUAAAAACUAUCUUUCCUUGCACCUGAUUUUUGCUGCAGUUGAGACACUGCACAGUUUAUAAAACAGCAUGUACUCACAUGGGACUUCAUGAAAAGUACUGAAUGAGCAGGAAAGGCACAUACUCAAUUCUUUAAAUGCACAAUCAACAAGUAAAAAGGCCCUCAUGUAAGUAAGACAUUUUUAUUUGCCUUUCUAGAUCUUUUAUUUUCACUGUGGAAUAGUAUAAACAUGGUCGGAUUUGGCCUUUCUUUUCACUGACUGAAUGUGACACUCAGGAUUCUGUACAUGCAUAGAUAAUAGAUUGCCCAAGAUUCUACAUUAUUAGAUUAUUUUAACUGGGGUUUGGUAAAAUGGUUAGGACUGCGUUGUCUAGGAAAGCUAUGAGGACCAAACAUAUAAGGUAAAAUUCCGAAUUCUGUUUCCUUUUAACUAAUGAAAUUUAUU